AUGUUCUACGAUGAUCUUUCAGUAUAUCCAGCUUUUGGAGGCGUUGUCUUCGCAGAGGGAGAGGGCCAACGGAUAGCUGAUUACCUUGGCCCCAAAAACAAGAACCUGAUAAUGCAGAACCAUGGACUUCUCACUUCUGGAGGGACGGUUGCGGAAGCGGCCGCCUUUUUUAUCGCCCUGGAGAGAGCUUGUCAGACGCAGAUUCUAGUGGAAUCUUCGACAGCACCUGGGUCAAUUGGGGCGACCGAAGGAGUUUUAAAGAAGACUCUGGUUGAUGAUGAAGUUGCACUCUACACCAAGAAAGGAACAAGCACUCCCGAGGUCAUGUAUAUGCAAUUCGAACCCGAAUACCAAUUGGUUUUGAAGGAGACGGGGGGAGACUUUUUGAACUGA